AUGCUCAGAUUUAACCAGGAGAAGUUGAUGAUUGAAAAUCCUCCUGAGCAAAUAGUACUUGAUGCUUUGAUGCAUGGAGUAAGGGUUGAAGGGCCUUUGAUGGCCGAGCUGUCAAAAAGUACCAAGUUAGUGACUCUCGGUCAGUUCAUAAAAAAGGCUGAUGAGUACAUUAAUCAAGAAGAAACCGUCAAGGCUCUCAUGAAGAACCAGAAGGAAGAGCUCGAGGCCAAGGGCAGUAAGGAGAAGGUAGCACCGGCAAGUGCUAUAAAGAAGGAGGAGAAGAAUGUAAAAAGGUCGGAGAAGGUGGCCCCAUCAUAUCCUAGAAUGGACCCUCGGAAAUUGCAGAGCGCGAAGUUCACUCCACUGAAUACUAGCAUGACUGAAGUAUUCAUGGAGAUAAGGAGGGAUCCUGCCUUCAAAUGGCCAAGCAAGCUGAAAGGCGAUCCUAAGAGAUGUGAUCCUCAGAAGUAUUGCGAGUAUCAUCGCGAUCAUGGUCAUUUAACCGAGGAAUGCAUAACGUUGAGGCAAGAGAUAGAGAAUCAUAUCAUAAACGGAAGGUUGGUGAAAUUCCUAGCGGGUGAGAGGAAUCAACGAAGAAAUGAAGAGCCUCUAUUACUGGAAGGAGACCGAGAAGCUCCCAGAAACCGAGAGGCAAGGCCGAGAGAAGAUCUGUAUGCUGAACCGAUGCAGGAUCAGCAAGUGAAACCAAGGCGAGACAGAGAAUUCCAUCAGCCUCGCCAUCAAGAUGUAGUGAGGGAGAUUCACACCAUCUCGGGAGGACUAGCUGGAGGAGGAAUUUCUAGCUCAUCUAGGAAAGCUUACGUGAGGAGAAGGAAAGCUGAUAACGAAGUACUGUCGGUUGGAAGACCUCUAAAAAUAGCAAGGAGAGCGGGGAUGGCUAUAUCCUUUUCUGAAGAAGAUGAAAGGGGGGUAAUAUUUCCUCAUGAUGAUGCAUUAGUCGUCACGCUAAUGGUGGCCAACCAUAAAAUCCACCGAGUCUUGGUGGACAAUGGUAGUUCAGCCGACAUUUUAUAUUGGCCGGUCUUCAAGCAAAUGGGUGUCGAACGGAACAGGAUCCAACCGUUUGAUUCACCACUGGUAGGGUUUGCAGGAGAACAAGUUCAGCCAAUGAGACUCAUCUCCCUACCAAUUACAGUAGGAACGGCUCCAAGGCAGUCCACAACUAUGGUCGAUUUCUUGGUGAUCGAUUGGCCGUCUGCAUACAAUGCAAUCAUUGGUCGACCAUCCCUUAAUAAGUUGAAGGCUGUAACUUCCACUUACCAUUUAAUGAUGAAGUUUCCUAUUGAGGAGGGAGUAGGAGUGGUAAAAGGAGAUUAA